AUGGUAGAUCUAAACAAGCGAUCGUUUUGGCAUUUUACAUUUAAAGAUAUAUUAGCCAUUAUAAGUUCAGUCGCUAUACCCAUAGCUCUUGCUAUUUAUACUUCAAUUGGCUCUGAACAACAAAAACAACAAGCUGAGAAAAAACAAAAGUUUGAUUUUGCACAAUCAAGAGAAUUAAGACAACAAACACUUUAUGAUGGAUUUUUAAAUAAUAUUUAUAAAUUAGAUAAAGAUGGUUAUCUCAACGACUCAAAAAAUCCAUGGGCAUUUGCAAAUGCAUAUUAUCGUGCUGCUCAUCGUCAAUGGGAUACAAUACGUAAAGCAGAUGUUAUACAAUUUCUUAAGGAAAAACAAUUAAUUGGUAGAAAUAAUUGUACUAAUGGAUGUAGAACAACAAAACUAGAUGAUAUAAUUCGUUUGAAUGAAUUAAGUUUUGAUAAGGUACAUUUAGCAAGUGAAACUGGCAUAUUAAAUAUGUUGAAUUUACGAUGUGUUUCUUUUGAACAAGUAUCAAUGUCAAAUGGGGAGUUUUCAUCUGUUAAUUUAAAUGGUGUAUCAUUUAAUGGAGCACGGUUAGAUAAGGUAAAAUUUGUUGAUUCAUCUUUACUUUGUGCUAGUUUUAUUGGCUCAAAUCUAUCGGGAGCAGAUUUUGGAAACUCAAAUCUGACAGGUGCACACUUUUCAAACAGUGAUUUGUCAGGAGCUAAAAUAACGGAAGAUCAAAUAAAACAGGCAUCUUUUGAUAAUAAUGUAAUCAUGCCAAACGGAAAGAAGAAUGAAGCUACAUCCACAACAACAACAAAAAAACCUAUAACCCAAACAACAACAGUCGUUAAAACAAAGAUGUCGACAACAACAUCAUCAUCAUCAUCAACUUCAACAACAUCACCGAUAACAACAUCAACAACAACAACAUCAACAUCAGCACAAUCAUCCUCAACUACAUCACCGACAACAACGCCAUUAACAACAACGUCAUCAUCAACAGAAGCGACAUCAUCAUCAUCAUCUACAGAAGAAACAUCAUUAAUAGUAGAAGCAGCCACAACGCCAUCAUCAACAACAACAUCCUCAUUAUCAUCGACAGAAGCAACAUCAUCAUCUACAGAAGAAACAUCAUGGACAAUAGGAUCAAUCGAAGCUUGUAAUAGUACAUUUCUUGAUCAAACUACUUACUCAGUUGGUUCAGAACCAUGGUCAGUAGCAGUCGCCGAUAUGAACAGCGACAAUAAAUUGGAUAUUGUUACUGCAAAUAAGGCGUCAGCUACCGUCAGUGUUCUUCUCAACGUGGGCAACGGCACUUUUUCUCUUCCAGCUAAUUACUCAGUUGGUUACGUUCCAUUCUCAGUAGCAGUAGUCGAUGUGAACAGUGACAAUAAAUCCGAUAUCGUUACUGCAAAUCUAAAUUCAGAUACCGUCAGUGUUCUUCUCAACGUAGGCAACGGUACUUUUUCUUCUCAAGUUACUUACGCAGUUGGUGCAAAGCCAUAUGCAGUAGCAGUAGCUGAUGUGAACAGCGAUAAUAAAUCCGAUAUUGUCACUGCAAACAUAAAUUCAAGUACCGUCAGUGUUCUUCUUAACACAGGCAAUGGCACGUUUUUCCCUCAAACGACUUACGCAGUUGACGCAUAUCCACAAUCAGUAGCAGUAGCCGAUGUGAACAACGACAAUAAACCCGAUAUUGUCACUGCAAAUACUGAUUCGCAAGCCAUCAAUGUUCUUCUCAAUACAGGCAAUGGUACUUUUUCUCCUCAAGUUACUUACUCAGUUGAUGGGGGUCCAAUGUCAGUAGCAGUAGCUGAUGUGAACAGCGACAAUAACUCCGAUAUCAUUACUGCAAAUAUGGGUUCACGCACCGCCGGUGUCCUUCUCAACAUCGGCAACGGCACUUUUUCUUCUCAAACUACUUACUCAGUUGAUGUAGGACCAAAUUCAGCAGUAGUAGCCGAUGUGAACAGCGACAAUAAUCCAGAUAUUGUCACUGCAAAUAGAGUUUCAAACACUGCGAGUGUUCUUCUCAACAGAGGCAACGGUACUUUUUUCCCUCAAACUACUUAUCCAGUUGGUACACAUCCAAAUGCAGUAGCAGUAACCGAUGUGAACGGUGACAAUAAACCCGAUAUUAUCACUGCAAAUACGAACUCAAACACUGUCAGUGUUCUCCUACAAUGUUAA